AAAUAAAUACAGUCUGCUUUCUGGAGAGGUGCGCUGUUCUCCUUUUCCACUAUUAUUACCAUUAGCCUGAUAGACAGAACAGAAAAAGUGCUGUAAUGGACCUGAGCUUUGAUGUGUUGGACUGAAUCUGUUCACACGUCUGUGAUUUACUGUCACAACACAGUUCCUCUAACUCUUCUGAUGGUUGGGACGCUCUGAUAACAUCAUGCUGAACCUGCUUUGCGUCUCUCUGACGAUGAAAGCGAACAGAAAAGUAGUUAACGAGUCCCUGGUGUGCGUUCAGUGUCUCUCUGAUCGAACGCAGCUCAUUUGCAGCUUUUGAAUGCUGUUUUUUAUGUGCAUUCAAGAAAGUCUGCUUUCAUUUGAGCCAUUCUGAGGUGGACAACAACAUCAAAACAUUUGCGAUGGCAAAAAGCCGUAGGAGGAAGGCUGAUAUAUUUUACAUGAGUUUCACAGCUCUUUUCACAUCAGACGUAAAUGGGCCGAAAGAUUAUUUAAUUACGGCUUCACAGCCAAUUUAUUAGUUUGUGUGCCUUUGAAAUGCUAAAUUUGUGCUCCAAAUUUUCCACUCAGAUGGUUUGGUUCACCAGUUUCUCCUUUUUCUGUAAUCCAGCAAAGCGAUAUCUCAUUAUAUGGUGACUUAAUUGUGCAACACACUUAGAAAAUGAAUAUAGUAGCAAACUAGAAUUUAUAAAAUGAACCAUUUUCCUAUCUCUCUCCAUUAGAUCUCAGACACCCCAGAACAGGGCACGGAUGCAAACGUUACUGAAUGAAUAAAACGAGAAGCAAACAGAUUCUGAACCUGUUGUGUGGAGGUGAACGUUACAGUUGAAAAAAUUAUUCAACGCCACCGCUGCUGCACAACACAAAAAGAUAUGCUAAAAACUCUGUAAAGAAUGUAUGCAUAAGCAAUUAUUCCCUUUUAAAUGAAUCCAGUCACAUAAAGAAGGAAAGGCUUGGCUUAUCUGAUGACCUUGAAGGGAACUGCUGUCAGACACACACACAACCCCUAAACAAUCGUCAUUAAGAGCGCACUUGUGUGUUUGACGGGGGAGUUAAAUACCCCAGAGCAGAUCACCUUUGGAGCGGCUAACUAAUAGAGACGGGGAAACGACACUGGAAGUGAAGCGUCUGGGGAGCGAGACCAGGCCAAACAUUUCAGACCCGCUGGAGGCUAACCGACCUACACUAGUCCUGCUCUGAUCGCUGUAACCUCCCACCCGACUUACCUAAGAGCAAGGUGUGGGCUAAUCUCUAAAAACAGACAUGUGGAGGUCGUGCUAUCUGUGUAGGACAGCAGAGCGAGAGAGUGUGUGUGUGUGUUUGAAUUUAGAGUACUUUUCCACAAUGGAUGCUUUUUUAGAAGAAGGUGCUUUUUACCAAAGCGACUUCCAAACGAUGCACAUAAGACCCAUGUUACACACAAUGCCAAGUCAGUGCACAGGCUGAAACAGAUAAAUGCAGGGAAAAGAGAGAAUUACGGAGCCUUAUAUUUGAAAGACAAAUAGAAAUUAUGCAAAGCAUUAAAUAGAAUAUUAAUCAGAUCACAAAAAAUAAGCACAGCCUACAUGUGCUCACAGUGCUCUUUUUGUCUCAAAUAAACAUGCUUUUUGAAGGCAUUUAGAAAUAUACUCAGAAACAUGUUGUCUCCAUCACCUGUGGCUGUGGUUUUAUUUACAUGCUUUCUAGUGAUUUAUGAGCUUUACAUCGCGUAAACAUCUUCCAUUCAAUUCUAUUCAAUUCAGUGUUUUACUAUAUUUUUCUGGAUCGUACAAACUUUUGGCGCAGUUGUUGUGUUGCUUUAAAACAUGCAACUUAAACGCAUUUUAAAAAACUGUGGGAGAAAGUCGAUUUCUGUCAAAAACAGUUGGCAUUUUGGUUGACAUUUAACAAACACGUAAUAUCCAGCGCGUUCGCAUCAACCAGCAGCUCGUAUUCUUCCCAGAAUCACGUGACCGUCGCAGCGACGCGAACAUCGCAGGCGCUCCAGCGGCCAAUAAACGCGACGCUUCGCGCGGGAGGAGGCGCGUCUGACUGACUGUCAUGCGAGUUUCAGGAACAGAAGAGAACAGAAGGGCGUGUGUUAUUAAUAAUCAGCCGAGCAGAAAGUCCCAGAGUCGCUCUGACAGCGAGCAGACGAGGAAACGCAGCGCUCCGGAGAGGACGCGAGAGGAGCCGCGCUUGAUUCAUCGCUGCGUGGGUUUCGCUUCUGCGCUCGGCGCUGCUUUCUGUCGCGUUCCAGCGUGACUAAUCGGAGCUUUGACGCAGUGGAUUGUUUCUUCUUCGGAUCGAUCCUACACACGGUUUAACGCUGAGGAUUUCUGAAUGCCCUUUCCAAUCCCAACACCUCGAUUGAUUUUUUUUUUUCGCCGUGGAUGGCUGAAAACACACAGCUCAGAUAAUUUCUCACCGUAUUAUGUCUUGUGAGGAAUCUGUCUUGCUGUUUCAAUGACGGGGAAGAUGGAAACGCCCUUCUACCACGAUGAUAGUGUUCCAAACUUUGGGCAAAUUCCAGACUACGAUCGAUACCAAGGCCACAAGAUUAUGAGUAAGAAGAACAACAUGUCGCACAAUUUCUCCAACAGCGUGGGAAACGCCUCCAGCCUCAAACUCAACAGCCCCAGCGGUCUGGGCAUGAGCGGCAAUCCCAACGGCUCGCUGAUGUCUUCUCCAGACAUGAACCUCCUGAAGCUGUCCUCUCCAGAUCUGGAGCACCUGAUUAUCCAGUCUAACCAGGGGCUGGUUACUACAAGCCCGGCUCCCAACGCCGCGUCCGCCAAUCCCUUCAUGUACCGAAACCAGGCCACCAACGAGCAGGAGGGAUUUGCCGACGGCUUCGUCAAAGCUCUGGCCGACUUGCACAAGCAGAACCAGCUGAUGGGGGCCCCCAUGUCGCCUUCCUCCUCCAUCCAGGGCCCUUACCAGAGGAACCUGAUGCCGGGCGCAGACAUGCCCAUCUACACCAACCUGAGCAGCUACAACCCCAACCAGCUGCCCUCCUCGUACCCCGGCGGUGGACAGAUGGCCUACUCUUCACCUCACGGCCCUCAGACCCGGGGCCCGGACGCACCGCAGACGGUGCCCGAGGUGCCACACCCACCUGGGGCCGACCCGGCCAGCUCGCCGCCCUCUCUCUCACCCAUCGACCUGGAGACCCAGGAGCGAAUAAAGGCAGAGCGCAAGAAGCUGCGGAACCGUAUCGCCGCCUCCAAGUGCCGCAAGCGGAAGCUGGAGAGGAUCUCGCGGCUGGAGGAGAAGGUCAAGGUGCUGAAGACGCAGAACUCGGACCUGGCCUCUACCGCCAGCAUCUUGAGGGAGCAGGUGGCUCAGCUUAAACAAAAAGUCAUGAAUCACGUCACUAACGGCUGCCAGAUCGCCGUGGGCUCGGCCGGCAUGGCCAAGAGCGGCGAGAGUGCCAGCUGCUGAAAGCACCCGAGGCUUCUCUAAGGACUCUGCUCUCGUGCUCGUUCUCUGGCUCUCCUGCUUCUGCUGGACGGGCGAGGCGGGGGAGACCCGUCGGUCGGUCAUCUGCCCAGGACUGACCAUCCUGCAGCGCUCUUUGGACUCCUCCGGCUCGGUCCAAAGCCACAGGGAUGCAAAUGCGCUGUGGUAAAGGGAACAAAAACUCACGUAGGAAUUCUGCACUUGAAUACUUUUCUCUUUUUUUUUUUUUUUUUUUCUCUGCGAACCCAACUGCGAUUUUUGAUUUUUUUUUUUUUUUUUUUUUUUUUUUCUCACUUUAGGCUGACGGAAACUUUUCUCAACGUUGCUUUUUUUUUUCUUUUUUUUUUCUUUUUCUUUAUAAUCAGCACCUGAUGGGCAAACUUUAUUUGUUUUAGGGGUUCGUGUUUCUAAAAUCGUUGCACUAUUAUGCAAACUUUUCUCCAAAGCACCUGACGAACUCUUUCAAACAUGGAAGAGAUCCCUUUAUACUGCUUUGAGAUGUCAUCUGUACUCUAGUGGAAAUAUCUUGGUUUAAUCUGUCAUCUUGUCUCCGUAACAACAUUACAGCAUAUGUUUGUUGGUUGGUUAGGUUUGAUAUUGUGCAAUUUGUGAAUAUAUGAGAAAAAAACAUUUUAUACGAACCGAGACUUUUUCACAAGUAUUACCGUUUAAUAUCGCAACGUUAUAAACAAAGAGGCAUCUGUGGAUAAAGGAUUGUGGUACUGUGCAAAACUUUAAAUGGCACCUUUGGCCGUUUUUGAGCUGGGAAUUUCCUGAGCAUUCCGAGACCUUUUGCACUGUAAUCUCCCAUCGGGAGAUGCAUUCUUAUAAUGGGUUGAUAGCGUGUUUAUGCCAUUUAUCUAAGGAGUAUUAAUGCUGAGUUAACCUAGAGUAACGGCAUGGAAAAGCUACUCUGGACUAAAGAAGUGAGAAAAUGCACCAAGUCAAGAGUCAAAACUGACCUGAAAUCAGAACAACAACAAAAGGGCUUUUGAUCAAUAGUAUUUAGCAUUUGUUUCUGUAUUUUAUUCUAAUUUUUUUAUGAAUUAUGAAGCAAUUUUAUUUAUACAGAAUUUGUAUUUAUGUUGUUUUCCGAGGAGAGGAAGAACACAGUCGGAAUACUAGUGUCUAGUUGACACGUUAUUUUUUGGAAACUACAUGAUUGCACAUAAAUCAGAAACAUUAAAUGACGUGUAAUAUUUAUCCUCUGUGUAUAGCAUGACAGUUUGAACUAUAAUUACAACUAUGUUUAUAGUAGAUAAAAAAUAAUAAUAAUAAUAAUAAUAAUGAAGUGGCGAAAUUCUGAAAGAUUGUUAGCAACGGCUCCCAGACAUCGUUUUACGAGGCGAGCAAGUUCUACGACAGACGUCAGAUCAGCUGAAUGACGUAACACGCUUCACCAUGCUGCGAUAAAGGACUCCUAGAAGGCCUGCUUUUUUGCGAAAAACCAUCCGUGUGUUAAAACGUUCGGUACGUCUGCCAGUGUUGCUGCUCAGAAUUGCUGUCCAAUGCCUUUCUUACAGUCAGUGGAGAUGCAGAUCAUUUUAUUUAUAUAUCUAUAUCCAUUUGGAGAGGAUUCAUAGGGAUACCUGAGACAGGUACUAGAACUGUCAAAUAACCUUGUGCAACGAGAAGAUAUUUAUUUUUUGAAACUUGAAUAAGGUUUUUGAUGUCACAAACGUAUUGUAUUUUUGUACAAAAUUGUUUUUGUUUAAGAAUAGUGUGUGUACAGUACCUACUGUAUUACUUUGUAUCAUUCCGAAUACUUUAUUUAUUGAAGUGGUUUUACUGAGCAGUGUGGUGGUGUUUUGUUUGAGCUCGGCUCCAAGCGUUUCUGUGUUGCUGGUUUGUGUUCGUACAUGCCUACUGUUGGUACAUUUGUCCACCGAGUGCUCGAGUUUUUCCUCUAUUUGUUCCUGAUUGUUCUGUGUUCCUGUGUUCCACUUUAACCCUAACUCUUGUGUUUUUCGUUGUUUUCUGGGACUGUUUGGCUGUUCUGUUUUUUUUUUGUUUGUUUUUUUAAACCAACUCUAAAGGCUGAUCGCAUCGUUCAUUUUAAAACGAGGAAAUCUUUGACAGACCACAAGGUCUUUUUUCUUUUCUGUGUGUCAUAUAUACAUACUGAAAGUGAGUUUACUUGGCUUGUACAGAGGGCGGUUUGUGUAACGAUUAUCUUCUCGGCCCUGAUCCCAAAUUAAAUUCAGACUUUCACGACUGAGCUUUUUAAGUCAAAGUUGAAGUUUGAUGAUGAAUAUGUUACAGCAGCACGCUGUGUCUGGAUCUGGAAGGGUGUCUGAUUUUGUCGGCCUCAUUUACUGUUUUUGGGGAGAAUUCCUCAAAGACUCGAGUGACUGGUGGUCAAACGUGUGACUAAGGGGCGACUUGCCUCGCUGGUUUAUUUGCUUCAAAAUAACAUGCGGUCUUCAAAUGCUGUUCAUUGUUCCCUUGUUUUCUUUUUUUAUCAACAAUAAAGAGGAGUAGAUAUCUGAAAA